AUGCUUGGCAAACUUCCAAGUUCGAGAUUUGCCAGCAUAUAUGAUUCCCUGCCUUCUGAUGCUCAGCAAGCAUUGGUGGAAAAGCAUCUUAUUCCCCUCCUAAACCUUGCUGGUAAAAGUCGUGCUAAGAAGGCCCUUGCCCACGCUACUCAAUUAAAGAAACGUCAUGCUAACAUUCCGGUCCUCGAUCUCAAAGCGAAGCGGAUGGAGGUCAAUGCGCUGCUCGAGGAGUUGCACAAGGACGCAAAGCGUUCUUUUGUGAAAGAGCGUUCCCAGCAUAGCGAGCUCUUGGACGAAACCGUGCAGACACUGAUAGACUGGCUAAACGAUAUAUGGAGUAUCGUCUACGAGCAUCACGUCGACUUCCUACACGCGCACAAGUGCCUUUUGUUUGUCGCGGGGACGCUAGACCAUAUUGGCAGCGGUCGGUCGGGCUGCCGAUGCGCGUUUACAAAUAUGUAUGUCCACAUCACGCUCAAAAGGAAAUCAGGAAAGCGAAUCAAAUCUUUCGAUAUACAUGGCGCCCAAAACAUUGAGGAGAUUUUGUUCUUUAUCUGGAGAGAUCUCUUCUUGAGCAUGCUGGCUACUGGCAAACCACGAUUGACUGCCUUGAUACCAGGUAUGCUAGAGGAAAUCGAGGACCAGGCGAGUUGGUCUGGUUUAGAACGAGUUCUUUAUGGGGGGACGAAGUGCCCGCGGAAUUAUGAGGAUGAGGAUUACAACGAUGAAGAUGAUGAGGAUGAGUCUGAUUUUGAUGAGGACUUGGGAGGUGACUUUUAUGAUGAAGAGGAGGCCGAAUUCUACGACAACGUCCGCGGUUCGCCCAUUGCGAAACACUGGUCAUAUCGUGUGAGCAGCCAAACCUCACAAUUACGCAAGCAUAUAGUCAAUGCCAUGAUGGUAGUAUUCAAGGCGAAUCCUACACAAAAAUUAUACGCAGCGCUUAGCGCGAUCUCCUCCGACCCCGAAUCCGUGGAGGCGCAGUUAUUGGCCCAUCUUGCGACGAUCGCUACCAGUUCUUCCGAUGCGUUCGCCGCAGCGCUCGACAUCUAUGCUCUUCAGAGAGAUGCUGAGGCGAUCGUUGGAUUGCUGAAUCGAUACUCUCACCUGCUUCGCCCGCGCGACGCCCCGUCGUUACAAAGCGCGGUUUCACUCAUGGCAGACUUCCAGUACCACCGGUUGCGAAGUUUGCAUAUCAUCGAGAAGGAGCUCUUCGACACCGCGAAGGGUGUGCGCGCCGCACUGCUCGUCUCUUUCUCACAGUUUGACCACCCGGCAAACAAGGACGAGCUACAGGAGAUUAUCAAGCUGCGACAGGGCGCCGCAGGACGGCAAGAACGGGUAGAAGCAUGGGUCGAUGCGAUAUCGACCCCUGGCUCAAACGCACCAAACCCUAUGGCAUUCGCCGCAAUGAUGAUGGGACUGCCUCUAAUGCCCGGCUUGGACGCGCCGGAUGAGGCUGAUCCCCUCGGCUACCUGGAUCUGGAUCCUCAUGACCCCGACCUUGAAGAUCUAAGAGAGGAAUUCCGGCCCAACCUUAAGCAGCGCUUUGAGGGAUGGACUGAUGUCGCUAUCACCAUUACAGGCGGCCAUGGUGUCCUUAUCAAUGUAUUCAAAGAAGUAAUUGAGCUCAUGCCAUUCCUACGCGCAAAUGACGUUGUCGAGGAAAUGGUCGGCAGACUUGCGGAUAGGCCGAGCAAACAUUAUGUAUGCGACGGACUUGACGCACUGUCGCACUUCACUAAACAGCAGCGGAAGAAAAUUAUUAAUUUGAGGAACUCGCAGCGGCGUAGUGCCGCCUCGAAGACUGCUCAGAGUACCUCUGGGUCCUCUGCCACGGGCCCCUCGUCGUCUACAACACCACUUCCAGCUCCAUCUCCAGGGCCUAAUCCGUAUCAUGUUGGCCUAGCGGGCUUCCCCUUCGUACCGUCCGAAGUAUUUCCCCAGCCGGGAAAUAGCUUGGAGGACGUCGACUGA